AUGGCAAUAGCAAAACCCAUCCGAGUGCUUGGCCUGGCAGCAGUAGGUCUUUGGAUCUUCUUCCUAUACCAGAUCUUUGGGCCGACGAAGCAUCCCAAAGGGCCUGGGGAUACUCUGGCGAACAUGGACAGAGACCCGAAUUUGGACCUUACAGGAGAACCAGAAGGCGUGUUAUGGAGGGCCGAUAGAGGCUAUGGUUUGGGCGCCGAGGGGACGAGUCGAAUAAAUGCGACACUGCUGGCGCUGGUGCGCAACGAGGAGGUGGAAGGCAUGGUGCAAGCUAUGAGGGACCUUGAGAGGACGUGGAAUUCGAAAUUCAACUAUCCGUGGACAUUCUUCAACGACGUUCCGUUCUCAGAGGAGUUUAAAAAGCUCACGCAGGCAGAGACGAAGGCUGAGUGUAUAUAUGAAACCAUCCCGAAAGAACACUGGGAUGUUCCCUCCUGGAUCGAUGAAGAGCUCUUCCAAGAAUCCGCCAAAAUCCUCAAAGAGAAUGAUAUCCAGUACGGCGAAAUGAAAUCCUACCACCAGAUGUGUCGCUGGAACAGCGGCCUCUUCUACAAACACCCCGCUCUAGCCAAUACACAGUUCUACUGGCGCGUUGAGCCCAAGGUCCAUUUUUUCUGCGACGUCGACUACGACGUCUUCCGCUAUAUGGCCGACCACAACAAGACCUACGGCUUCACCAUCAACCUUUACGAUGCGCCGCAGUCCAUUCCAACAUUAUGGCCUGAGACGACCAAGUUCGUGGCUGCCCACCCGGAAUACCUGCAUGAAAACAAUGCGAUGGCCUGGUUGUCGGAUAGCGUAAGAAGGCCUGAGCACAACAUGAUUGCGAACGGAUACUCGACGUGCCAUUUCUGGUCCAACUUUGAAAUCGCAGAUAUGAGUUUUUGGCGAAGCCAAGCGUAUGAGGAUUACUUCAACCAUUUGGAUCGCGCGGGUGGGUUCUUCUAUGAGAGGUGGGGUGAUGCGCCGGUGCAUAGUAUUGCGCUGGGGCUUUUUGAGGACUCGAGCAAAAUUCAUUGGUUCCGAGACAUUGGCUACCAACACAUCCCCUACUUCAACUGUCCCAACUCACCUAAAUGCAAAGGGUGUAUGACGGGUCGCUUCACGGACGGCGAGUCCUGGCUUAUGAAAGAAGACUGCCGGCCGAACUGGUUCAAGUAUGUUGGCAUGGGCUGA